AAUCUAGAUGUAAUGCACAUUGAGAAGAACGUUUUUGAGAAUGUGUUCAACACAGUACUGGAUGUAGAUGGUCAAACAAAAGAUAACCCAAAAUCUAGAGAAGACCUGAAAGAGUUCUGUCGACGCCCUGAACUACAUGCUGUUGGUGGCGAAUACCCGAAAGCUAUUUACACACUAAACAAGGAGUCAAAAAAGGUUUUGUGUGAAUGGGUGAAAAAUCUGAAAUUUCCAGAUGGAUAUGUCUCAAAUAUGGGACGGUGUGUGGACAUGAAAAAACAUAAGUUGUUUGGUAUGAAAAGCCACGAUUGUCAUGUAUUCAUGCAAAGAUUGAUUCCUAUUGCGUUUCGUGAGCUAUUACCAACAAAAGUCUGGGAAGCACUUACUGAGAUAUGCCUUUUCUUUAGGGAUCUCACUUCCACGGUAAUACGAGAAGAGGAUAUGGUAAGACUUCAAAAAGAAAUACCUGAAAUACUUUGUAAAUUAGAGCGUAUACUCCCUCCUAGCUUCUUUGAUUCAAUGGAACAUCUCCCUGUGCAUCUUGCUUAUGAAGCAAGGCUAGCUGGUCCGGUGCAAAAUCGGUGGAUGUAUCCAUUUGAGAGAAACCUCCGGAAUUACAAACACAAUGUUCGUAAUAAGGCACAUGUUGAAGGAUCCAUAUGCAAUGCUUACUUAGUUGAGGAAGCUUCUUCUUUUUGUUCACACUACUUUGAGUCUCAUGUUUACACAAGGCAUAGGAAAGUUCCACAAAAUGAUGAUGGUGGUACAUGUGAUCAUGGUAAACACCACGGUAAUCUUUCUAUAUUCACCUAUCCAGGUAAAGGAUUUGGUGAACAGGAUCCGAGAUAUCUGACAGAAGAAGAACUUGAUGCAGCUCAUAUUUAUAUUCUACUAAAUUGCGUAGAAGUGCAACCAUAUGUGCAAAAUUUUAUUGACUCCCUGCGUCAAAAUUUUCCACAAAUUACGGAGAAGGAUGUGGAUAGGAAACUUGAUGAAGAUUUCGCAUCAUGGUUCAAAAGAUAUGCACGAGUCCACAUAGAUAAUGAAUUCAUCAAGGCCCUUGCAGAAGGUCCGCGCCGAUCAGCAAAACCGUACACGGGUUAUAAUGUCAAUGGCUAUAAAUUUCACACUAAAAGCCGCAGUUCUUCUAGAGCAUCUAAUAACAGUGGUGUAUGCAUAAAAGGAACCAACUACAGUGCAGAUGACUAUGACUACUAUGGUGUGCUUACUGAUAUCCUUGAAUUGGAGUACAAGGGUAGCACGCCGAUAAAGAGAACUGUUUUAUUUAAGUGUGAAUGGUUUGAUCCCACACCAAAAGUAGGAAUGAAGAUUCACCCGCAAUAUAAACUUGUGGAUGUCAACCAUCGCAUGAAAUUAAAAAAGUAUGAACCAUUUGUUUUGGCAAUGUAAGCGGCCCAAGUGUAUUAUGUCGCUUAUCCUAGCUUACGACGUGAUAAGACUGACUGGUGGGCUGUGUGCAAAACAAAAGCUCGGGGUAUUGUGGAUAUGCCCCCAUCUUCUUCACAAUUACCUCCAGCUGAUGUUGUAGAGCCAUUCCAAAAUGAUGAAGAUGGUUUAACAUUUGAUGUGGUACCCGACAAUGAAACUAUUGUGCGGAAUGAUCCAAAUGGAGAAUUCAUAAACUUAAGAGACGAUGAUGAUGAUUUAGGUGAUGAGGAAGAAAUUCAUGAUGAAUCUGAAUUAGAUGAAGAUGGUGAUAAUGAGGAUGAAGAGGCAUAUGAUGCAAGUGGCAGUGAAUAGAGUCAAAUUACUCCAAUCUCUUCAAAUAGAGCUAGAGUGAUUGAAACAUAGUCUUUUUUCUGGUUCUUACCCAUUGAAGCCCAUCAGUUGUUGAAAUUUUUAUUGUUUUUCUUCUAUUUUUAUUGUUGAAAUUUCCCUUCUUUCUAGUUCUUCCUUCUUCAGUAAAUGGCUUCUACAGUUGAAUUUUUAUUGUUUUUCUUCUAUUUCUGCUCUCUAUCACUUGCAUCUCUAUGUUUUUCUGUUACUAAUUCUUAUACUAUUUGAUUUUUUAGGCAUAACAUACAAAUUUCCUCCGCAAAGAGUUCUCGCAGCUGCUUGUCCUAAAUUAGUCUGCGCUUAUAGACUCUUUGACAAGACCUAGAUCUUUACAUAUACCUCCUUGGCUAGAACUGGGAAGAUCACCUCCACCUGAGCUUCUGAGGAAGACACGUCUCAAGGCGAAUAAUGAGUUUGUGGACAAAUCUAAGACCGCAUAUGAUGCUGUCAUAUCUAAGAUUACACCUGUAUCUUAGCCUGAAGAUUGAUCCAGCGAACCUCCUACAAUUGACUUUUCAAAAAUGUAUUUGGAUGAAGUGGGUGGGAUUAAGAAGAUGCACCUUUAUGGUGUUGGUCUUCAAGCACCUUUCUAUGGGCAUGUUGGUGAAUCCUCCGCGUUCGACAUCUCGACUUUUGAUGCUAGAGUGCAAGAAUUUGUUGGACAUCGUCUUCAAGAAACGAAGCAUGAGAUGAGAGAAGAGAUCAAACAAGAAAUAAGGGAAGAAAUGCGACAAGUAUUGCGUGAAGAAUGAGACCUGAAGUGCAACAAGAGGUGCAAGAGCAAGUUAAUCAGAUACUUCAAGUACAUUGUUCGGGCAUCAUAGCUCACUUACUUUCACCUCCUUCUGGUAGACCUGACACGUCCUCGAAUCAUGAAACAAGUCAUAUUUAGGUCAAUUUUAGAUUGUUUUAUGUUAGACACACUUUGGAUUGUUUCUUCAAUUCUGUGAUAGAUGUUAUUAUUUAUGAAAUAGGUAAUGUUUUUUGGAUU